AUGUCGGGGGGGGUCGACAGCCGCCAAGGGGAACAGCGACACAGAGCUCUGAAAAGAGCUUUUAACUACGCCGAGCGUGUGGGCGCUGGCGCACCAGUCUACCUGGCUGCCGUGCUCGAGUACCUGACUGCUGAGAUCCUGGAGUUGGCCGGCAACGCUGCCCGUGACAACAAGAAGACUCGUAUCAUCCCCCGUCACCUGCAGCUGGCCGUCCGUAACGACGAGGAGCUAAACAAACUGCUCGGCGGUGUGACCAUCGCUCAGGGUGGUGUGCUGCCCAACAUCCAGGCAGUGCUACUCCCCAAGAAGACCGAGAAGGCAGUCAAAGCCAAGUAA